AUGCAGUUCUUCCUGUCCCUGAACAAGGCCUCCGGCAAACUCUGCGAGGCAUUCAAGCGAGACCUCUUCCGCUCCGAAGUACCUGUAACAGCAGAAGAGAGGGAUUUUUCUCUCGGUUUUAUCCUCACUGUGUACAAGAGCAUCAAUCAGGUGGCGCGUCUGCUACGUCUCAAAUAUCGGCCACAAGACAUCUACGUCACUCACGUGGAUAGCGAUCGGUUGUCAACUGUCUGAAUGUAUGUUUGCCUAGAAUAAGCAGCAUACCGACUACGACGGCCGCUCGUCAGCUAUAUAUGCUGAGGUCAGGACUGACAGCGAUCUACAGCGGUCCACAGCGAUCCCUUCUCAACUGUUUGAGGCUGCGAUAGUGUAGAUGGAGCAGCACACCGACUGCAGGUCAGAUGAAAUAACAAUUGUAUCUGGUUUGUACCUACUCAAAUAGCUACAGUAAGUAUUCUUUCUAGGCAACAGAUAUUUGGGGGCCUCGGGACGACGCCCACACCCACCUCAUCCAUAUCCAUUUCCUUGUCCGACUCCUCGAGGAUGGAAGCGGAAACAUCGGACAUACAAACAGCUGCAGGUAUCCUUUCUCAUCCCUUCCCACUCGUCUCAUUUCCAUCUGGAAUUCAAAAUAUCACAGUGGGUGUCUGAGAAGUUUCUAAUUCCUUCUCGAGUUAUCAGGCUGACGGCACCAAAGUCGACGUAAAUGAUGAGAAAAGCGAAAUAAUGUCCCAAGGGGCUGCCAAUUCUACGUUUAGCUAGGCGAAGCAUUCCAUCGAAUAGAAUUGUAAGAUACCUAACUGUGAUAGUUUGGCCAUGACCUAUGAAGGACACUAGGCCAUACCUACUCAAAAAGUGCGAGAUGUGUCCCGAUUUGGUCUUGAUUGGAUGACAGGCAUGAAAAUGUGUGCAUUGGUACAUGACAAAGACAUGAUCGAAUCACUGUGUGAUCACCUGAGCCUCCGGUAUUGCUCUGACUUACUAUAUGCACGAAUGAUUUCAUGGCCUCUGUUGAUACUGUGCAGCCUAAUUGGAACUAGGGUUACACCUACACCAUUGAGAGGUGCUUUUCAAUAUUAUAAUCAUUCGGCGAAUCAUCUGCUGGUAAGAGCAUCGGCUGCCUAGAUUGGAGCCUGGUUGUUCAUUUGGUUAGGUCGUGCUGAUGACUUGGAAAUGCUUUAGCGGAUGUGAAUCCCACAGAGAUGCCGAUUGUUUCACCAAUGGUAAUCACUGGGCGGGGAUGAGGUGGGGUGUUGGGGUGGGGGGGAUAGAUCACACAUGCUGGACGGUGUUUUGCAAUUAGAGAUUGACAUUGAUGCUGCUCCGAUUUCAGUUUGCACACACCUCCAUUCCACACCCACCCCGAUUUAUCAGCCUGUCGGCAACAAAGCUGACGUAAAUGAUGGGAAAAGCGAAAUAAUGUCCCAAGGGGCUGCCAAUUCUACUUUUAGCUAGGCGAAGCAUUCCGUCGAACGGGACAAUAAAGUACCCUCCGACGAUUGUUUAGGAAAUAGCUAUGAAGGACACUAGGCCAUGUCUGCUCAAAUAAUCUGAGAUUUGUCCCGAUUUGGUCUGGAUUGGAUGACAGACAUGAAAAAGUACGAUUUGUAAAUGAAAAAGACAUGAUCGAAUCAUCGUGUGAUUACCUUAGCUUUCGUUAUGGUUUUGACUUAGUAUAUGGCGCGGAUGAGGCUAUGGCCUCUGUUGAUUCUGUGUAGCCUAAGUGAGACUCGGGCCAUAUUUACUCCAUUUUUAGAUGCUUUUAAAUAUUAUAAACAUUCAGUUAACCAACUGGUAAAAACGUCAGCUGCCUCGUUUGGAAGCUGGUUGCUCAUUUGGAUAGGUCGUCAGUUGUGCUGAUGCCUUGUUUAUGCAUUAGCGGAUGUGAAUCUCACAGAGGCGUCGAUUCUUUCACCAAUGGUGAUCACUGGGCAGGGGUGGGGUGUUGGGGGUGGGGGAUAGAUUACACAUGCUGGACAGUGAGUUGCAAUUAGAGAUUGACAUUGAGGCUGCUCCAAUUUCAGUUGACACACGCCUCCGUUCUACACCCACCCCGACGUCUUCUGUGUCUAUUUCCAUCGGCGAGGCCUCGACGAUGGAUGCAGAAACCUCCGAAAUUCACACAGCUGCGGAACAAAGUGUUGUCAAGCUGCAUCCCAGCCCAGGAGAAAGCACCUCUCGAGAUUCCUGGCUGUCAACUUCAAGAAGAAGAAGAAGAUAAAGACGGUUUUAAAUACCUCGAGGCGAGGCUUCCAUCGAAUGAGCAGAGUAAGUAGGCCGUUGUUUUCCGAAAUGAUUCUGCCGACCGGGUUGCCUCAGGCCUUAGAAGAUGCAUAUGGAUUGGAUGCUGCAUCUCUAUCGCCACUGAGGCUCGCGUGUACCACGCAUCUAUCAAGCCUGACCUUCAUCUUCUUGCUUAAAAGAAUGUGAAUACCACAGAAGCGACAGUGUUUUUCAGAAAAUGAUGAUCCCUAGUGGGUGAAGGAUAUAUCACCCAUGCAAAUGGAGUCUGACAUCGAGGCUGCUCCAAUGUCGUUUCCUACAGGUCUCCAUACGACACCUAACCCAACGCCUACCAUGUCUAUUUCCCUGUGUGAGGCCUCUAACACCGAAGCAGGAGCAUGCGAAGGGGGCGGUAUUCCCGGUGAAAUCUACAAGUCCUUUGUUGACACUCUGGCGCCCUGUCUAUAUGAUGUGAUUGAACAGGAGUAA